ACAGUGUGCAGCACCUCCAUGAGGGAGAACAUACUGGACCUGCUGGCCAGGAGAGGCCUGUUCAUCCCGGAGGAGCUGGCAGACCUGGAGCAGCUGCUGUGGAGGCUGGCUCAGGGUGGAGGGGUGAUGGCUUCAUCGCCUCCUGUCCCUCAGUACCGCUCCCCUCUGGGCCUGGACCUCCACAGCCUCUUCAUCACCUUCUGCCUGGACCACAGCCUCCAGUACCUGCUCUACUCCUACCUGGAGCACUACAGGUUGACUCCAAGAAACUGUCCCCUGUUGACCAAUCAGAGCCUGUCUGAGAGCCAGCCCUGGUUUGAGAUGCUGGUGAAGAUCCAGGAGAUCACCAGAGAUCUGUCAGAUCCAGCACUGGUCUUCCAGGCCAGUUUGACCAGUGCUCAGGUGCUGUUACCCGGCAGCCAGGCGUCUCUCAGCAGUCUGCUGUUAGAGGGACACAGUCUGCUGGCCCUGGCCGCCAUCAUGUUCGCCCCCGGAGGAAUCGACCAGGUGGUGGUCCAGGGUGAAAGGUCAGGCAGGUCAGAGAGGACUGUCGACCCCCAGCUCCUGAAGAUGGCGCUGGCACCACACCCUAAACUGAGGGCCGCCCUGUUCCCCGCUGGGCCCCGAGGAAACAACUCGUCUUCUGACAUCUCGGUCUACCACCUCCUGCAGUCACUCCAUCCUCUGGACCCCUCCAGGCUGUUUGGCUGGCAGACGGCAAACACCCUCAACUCCACCGGUGAGCUCUGAAAACCAGCUUUAAGG